CGGCAAGUGUUUGUUUUCGUCUGGUCCGUUUGUUUCGGAUUUGAUGAAUGGCCUUUUUUCUGAAUUUUCAUUCGAGGGACUUGAAGCAAUUUAAGUCUGCAGAUCAUAAAUGAGAAUAAUUUGGUUCUCAAAGCAUGACUGUCAUCCGUGAAGCUAACGUUUAUCAAGAGGAAAUCUUGGAGGUAUAGGGGAACCUAACCUACUGCUGGUUUCAGUUCGCUGCCAGUUUCUACUUUAAAUCCGACUCUGUCAAACACAGUAUUAUCACUAUGUCUGGAUCAAUGAGACUUUUGGACGAACGUCAUGUGGCUAUCAAAGUGGAGCUCAUGCUGUGGUCGAGCAAAAUGGAUCUGCUGGCACUCUCCAACACUAGAGGCGAAGUCGCCCUGCACCGCUUGUCUUGGCAGCGAGUUUGGUCCUUGUCUCCAAGGCAAGAAGGAGCAUCAGUCAGAGCCAUGGCCUGGCGUCCCGACGGCAAAGUCAUAGCCAUUGCUUAUAGCACAAAGGAACUUCUGCUUAUUGAUGUUGAGAAUAAGGAAACAUUACAUACCACUCAAAUGGAUUCUGACAUUAUUUCUCUGACAUGGGUACAGGAACAAGAUGGAAGUGGUGACAAUAGCAAAGGAAAUUCCUCGCAGGAUAGAAGUCACUCAUACUCUGGCAUUGAAAAUGCAAGCAAGUUUCUUCCCAAGCUGCCUCCUCUGUCAAGGAGCUUUGGUGUCAACAAAAUCAAUAAUGAAGAAAAUUUAGAAGACACAAAACGCAUUCGUGAUCAGAACCAUCUGAAUAUUUUGUUAGUUGCUCAGGAAGGUGGAAAACUUAGCUUGAGUGUCUUUGGGCUUUUCCCCUGCGGUGUCAUUGACCUCCUACCACACAUGAAAGAGGCUGGCUGUGACACGUGUGGUGCAGUUGUGGGUGCUGCUGUGUCAGACGAUCUCAAAGUCAUGUGUGUUUUUGUUGAAGGAGAGAAAAUAUGUGAAAAUACAUCAACAAGAAGUGGUAGAAAAAUAUGGGCUGUAAUUUUAGAAACCCCUCUACUUGCCUCUCACUCAAGAGAGUUAUACACAUUAGCUCUUAAACAAGGCCACAUAAGUAGCUUGCAAGGUUAUUUAUCAAGCACUAUGCAGGCUAUCACAGAAGCAUGGGAAAGCAUUCUUUUGGAGAUGGACUCCAAGCUGGCAUCUUAUGCAGCCACCGUUGCAGAUGGCUCUGUAGCUGCUGACUUUCUCGAUUUAUUAAUGUUGGGUGUUCCAUCUUCAGAAUUAGAACUUUUUCUGCAAAGAGAUCUUACUGAAAAGGGGUUGAAAAAACUAAGCCAUUCUAUAGAAUUAAGUUACUCAAAUAUACAGAAAUUUGUACUUAAACACAUUCACUGUGUGGGCACAAGUGUGUCGUUCCACCUUACCGAACUCAGAGGAAUGGCUCGUCAUGUGGAGCGAUUUGCCCCACUUGGUCUGACCGAGGAAGCUGUCGCUGCAUCUCUGUCUGCCGCUGGAGCUUUUCUCGUCAAAGCUACAGAAGUGCAGCAGGUUAUAGAAAAUUCAAUGAAGAAAUACAAAGCAUUUUUCCGGUGGCUCAUGUUGGCCAUGCUACGACUGACAGAGGAAAUUGCUCCAGCUGAAAUCUCUAAACAAACUCAACAGGAUCUGACAUUUAUUGCUGAAUUCUUGUGUAAUUUUGAUGGGGCUUCAGAUGCUAAUGCUACGCAAGCACCUGAUCCGACAGUUGAUACCUGCAUAGCUAACCAAGGGAAUCAAGAGUCAGCCUCAGGAAAAGUUCCUAGUAGGACAGGGUUGAGCACACCUGGCAGGAAAACUCGUUUCAAUUUGGAACGCUUAGGUCAAUAUCUAGUGGAUCAGGAAUUAUCAUUUCUCCCAGACACUGACAGCAAUCCAUGGAAUAAUUUGUUAUCAGAGUAUCCAUCUUUAAGUGAGGAUCCUCUAAUAAUACCACAUUUCAGAAAAAUGUCUCUGGUCCAGCAGCACAAUCAUUUGAUUUCUGCAAUUGAUGCUGUAUUUAAAGAACCUGUUGAAUGUAUAGGACAUACAUUCACUCUUCAGCGUGUUGUGAGGUUGCCAGAUACAGCUAUAACUCACCCCCUGUAUUAUGGCUCUGGAGAAGAAAGCAAUAGGAUAUUUAAAAUUACUUUUGUUUUUUGUGGUGCUGAAAAAAAAAUAGUAGUUUCUUAUCCAAAAAAUGAAAUUUCUCUUUAUAUCAUUGAAUUACCAACACACAUUCCACAGUCAGAACCAAAGGUUACCAUGGAACAGAUGUGUCUCUCUUUUAUUACUCCAGUUUCAGAAAUAAUAGACACCAGCUCAGAUAAAACAUCAAGUUCCUUAUUUAAAAUCAAUGAUAUGCAAUUUUAUGUAGCAGAUAUUUUAUCCCUUCUCUUGGAGAAAAGGGGCGAUGACCGAAGUGCCGUGAUAGUUCAGUUUCCUCUGCGGCUUGCAUCUUGUAUUGCUGUGUCAGUGACAGGAAAUCCAAAGUCAUUCCAUGAACUCACAGCAGGUGAUGGCACCAAUUUGGUUGAUCCUAAUGCUCUCCGGACAAUAGAUAAUUUUGUGGGCUCAAGUCUGGCUGUAAGUGGAAGCAGGAAAGUUGCUGUGUUACUUUCCGAAAACCGCUGCAAAGUUCGUCUCUUCGAAAUGGAGGCUGAGGAAGAUGAAGAAGAGGAUGAAACUAUGGAUGCCACAGGUAGCUCAAUAAGAGACAGUGACCAGAGUCAGAGUCACCUGCUAGAUCAGAGCAAAAGUUCAGAGCCUGACAUGGAAUGAAAAUUGAACUCCCUUGUUCCCUGUUAAUGCAGUGUGUUUGGAACAGGCAUGAAAUUGAAGUUAACAUCAGAUAACAAUGUUUUGUUUUAUUGUGUUUUUGAUGUUUAAGUUCACAAUAGUAGAGAACCUAUGGUUACUUGCCAUGAAGUGAAUUUUACUUAUUGCUAACUCACAGAAUACAAUCAGAAUGCUUAAAAUGCACUUUGUUUACUGAGCAAUAAACAAAAACUUUUAUAGGGCUCUAGAAGAUUUGUCAAGUAAUGUGGUGGAGAUCCCUAUUAUUAA